CUAUGAAUGAAACGAACAAGCGCAAAAAACUUAAAUCACGCACAGCUACAGUACCUAGUAGUAGCGGCCAAGGUCAUGGGCAUGGUGAUGGCUAUAUGAAGGAUCACUUGGAUGCUUGGCUGGAGACUUGUCUGAAGGAUGCCUCCAAUACACAAUUAUCAUCCUCAUCGGAAUUUUUAGAUUAUAAUCCGACACCAACGAGCACUGGAGGGUGUGGUGGCGGUAGCGGUAACGCUGGUGGUGUGAUAAAUCCUCAAAAAUUUAUACAACAACAAAUGCAACAGCGACACCAGCACCAACACCAACAUCAACAUAGUCAGCAGCAUCAGCAACAGAAUCAAGCAUAUCUUUCCAACAAUAGUUUAAAUAACGCGAAUCAGCCGUCGCAAUUUUCUUAUGCACAACAGCAACAACAACAACAACAACAAAACUUAUCUCACCAGCAGCAGCAGCAGCAGCAGCACCAACAUUCACGCCAACAACAAUUUGGUUUGCCAGUGGGGCCAGUGUCAUUUGCGGGCGGCUACACGGGCGGCGGUGGCAGUGGCCCCUUCAGCCAAGGUUUUCAACGUAACGUGCCAAA